GAGAGAGCAAACCCAAAAGAAAAAAUAGCAAUGGGUACGCUUUACGAGGCAGAGAAACCUCAUGCCAUUUUCAUCCCAUAUCCAGCACAAGGCCACAUAAGUCCGAUGCUAAAGCUAGCAAAGCUCCUCCACAACAAAGGCUUCCACAUAACCUUCGUCAACACAGAAUACAACCACAAGCGGCACCUCAAAGCCAGAGGCCCCAACUCCCUCGAUGGCUUGCCUGACUUUCAGUUCAGAACCAUCCCGGACGGGCUGCCAACGUCGGAGGUGAAGGACGCCACACAAGAUGUGCCAUCGCUUUGCUACUCCACCUCCCGCAAUUGCUUGGCUCCACUUUGCAGCCUGAUUUCAGAGAUCAAUUCAAGCCAUAUGCCGCCUGUUUCUUGUGUUGUUGGUGAUGGUGUCAUGACUUUCACCAUCUUGGCUGCCCGUCAGUUUGGGAUCCCCAUCGCCAUUUUUUGGACGGCGAGUGCUUGUGGGUGCCUUGGAUAUAUGCAGUAUAGAAAGCUUGUUGAGCAGGGCGUUGUGCCUUUUAAAGAUAAAAACUUUAUGACAAACGGUGAUCUAGAAACAACGAUCGAAUGGAUUCCACCCAUGGAAAGAAUUCGUCUAAGAGAUAUCCCAAGUUUCAUUAGAACAACCGAUGAAAAUGACAUAAUGCUCAACUUUUUCAUCCAACAAUGUGAUGCUCUCCCUAAAGCUUCAGCAAUAAUUAUAAACACAUUUGAUUCACUUGAGCAUCACGUGUUGGAAUCACUUUCUUCCAAGCUUCCUCCCAUUUACCCAAUUGGUCCAAUCAAUUCCUUGGUUUCCGAGCUGAUCGAUGACAAGAAAGUCAAGGAAAUUCGUUCGAAUCUAUGGAACGAGCAAUCCGAGUGCGUCGAGUGGCUGAAUUCCAAGGAACCCAACUCCGUGUUGUACGUGAACUUUGGAAGUAUCACGGUGAUGAAUGAAGAGCAACUGAUUGAGUUUGCAUGGGGACUUGCAAAUAGCAAGAAGCCAUUCUUGUGGAUCACAAGACCUGAUCUUGUGGAAGGGAAAUCAGCAAUGUUGCCAAUUGAGUUCUUGGAAGAGACAAGAGAAAGAGGUAUGUUGGCUAAUUGGUGUAACCAAGAGGAGGUUUUGAAGCAUGGUUCGAUUGGAGCGUUUUUGACACAUAGUGGAUGGAACUCGACGAUGGAAAGUAUUGUGAGCGGAGUACCGAUGAUUUCAUGGCCGUUUUUUGCUGAGCAACAAACGAAUUGUCGCUAUUGUAAUACCGAGUGGGGAAACGGUAUGGAGAUCGAUAACAAUGUGAAGAGAGAUGAAGUCGAGAAGCUUGUGAGAGAGUUGAUGGAAGGGGAAAAGGGUGAGAUCAUGAAGAAAAAUGCUAAGGAGUGGAAGAGGAAGGCCGAGGAGGCUUGCAAGAUUGGUGGUUCGUCGUGCACAAAUUUGGAUCGAGUUAUUAACGAAGUUCUUCUAUCCAAUUAGACUAUCAAUCGGGGAAAA